GGGGAAAAGAAGAGAACCGUUUCGGUCCGGUUCUGUCAGUCAUGGCGGACGAAACCACGCGCCGGGUGGUGUCGCAGAUCCCGCGGCUGAAGACGCACGCGGGCCCGCGGAACGCUGAGCUGUGGCCACAAAGGCUGAAGGAAGAGUAUCAGGCCCUGAUCCGGUUCGUGGAGCAGAACAAAGCAGCUGACAACGACUGGUUCCGUCUGGAGUCCAACCCGGACGGCACGCGCUGGAGCGGCACGUGCUGGUACAUCCACGAGCUGCUGCGCUACGAGUUCCGGUUGGAGUUCGACAUUCCAGUGACGUAUCCGGAAACCGCGCCUGAGGUGGCGUUGCCGCAGCUGGACGGACAAACCGCCAAAAUGUACCGCGGCGGGAAAAUCUGCCUGACGGAACAUUUUGCGCCACUUUGGGCGCGUAACGUGCCGCGCUUCGGGCUCGCGCACCUAAUGGCGCUCGGGCUCGCGCCUUGGCUGGCCGUGGAGGUACCCGAACUGAUCAGCAAGGGCCUGCUGGUGCACGAGGACAAGGCCCAGUGACGUCACAUGGUGACAUCAGAAGAGGGAGACGUCAUCGCUGCUCAUUAUGUUGGACUUGAUCACCGAUCAGUUGAUAGAGAUCAUAUACGUCAGCGAUGUUUGUUUUUGUUUUGUUUUUCGAGCCGGCCUGAACCCUGUAUCAUUAUCCUGCAGCAGUGAAUUACUAAUUAAAAUUUAGAAACAAAUUUACCCUCUAAGUCUAAAAAACAUGUCGAGCCAUAAAGACUAAAAUGUGUUUAAGUCAUUGGGUCUGACUGUCAUCAAAUAUUUAAUAACUGACAUCCUGAAAGUCGUUUAUUUCAAGGGCAUGAGGUGACUGGCUGAGACUUUUUUUAAUGCCUCAACUAUGAAAUCAUCAACAACAAUGUGAUAUUAAAAUGAGUUAUCAACUUCCUCACACUCAUCAAAUCUGUUUAACUUGAUUAAAAUCAAUAUGCCAAAAUUGCUGGCAUGUUAAAUGCUGACAUAAAUCCAAGUCAAAAAAUCUAAAUUGCAGAUUGUGUAUUUGGUCCAGAUCAACAUGAAGUUCUGUUUGAUAAUCAUUUCAGGGAUCUUAAAAUCUUCACAUAAUCUGUGCGAUCAUCAGCACUAUUAAUUUAAUGUGAGAAUGAAUAAUAAAAUGUGACUUAACGGC